UCUCUCUUGGAUAGAUGGAGCUUGAAGAGGGCAAGGGGGGAACAGGGCUGCGCCAGUAUUACUUGUCCAAGAUCGAAGAGUUACAGCUGAUAGUCAAUGAGAAGAGCCAGAACCUCCGGAGGCUGCAGGCUCAGCGGAACGAACUGAACGCCAAGGUUCGCUUGCUGCGUGAAGAGCUCCAGCUUCUGCAGGAACAAGGUUCCUACGUGGGUGAGGUGGUGAGAGCUAUGGAUAAGAAGAAAGUUCUAGUCAAGGUUCACCCAGAAGGCAAGUUUGUGGUCGACGUAGAUAAAAACAUAGACAUCAACGACGUGACCCCAAACUGCCGGGUCGCUCUGAGGAACGACAGCUACACCCUCCACAAGAUCCUGCCAAACAAGGUAGACCCCCUGGUCUCACUGAUGAUGGUCGAGAAGGUGCCCGACUCUACCUACGAGAUGAUCGGCGGCCUCGACAAGCAGAUCAAAGAGAUCAAGGAGGUGAUCGAGCUGCCCGUCAAACACCCGGAGCUUUUCGAGGCUCUGGGGAUCGCUCAGCCCAAGGGCGUGUUGCUGUACGGACCCCCUGGCACUGGGAAGACUUUGUUGGCCCGAGCAGUGGCGCAUCACACCGACUGCACCUUCAUCCGCGUCUCAGGCUCUGAGCUCGUGCAGAAAUUCAUUGGAGAGGGUGCACGGAUGGUGCGUGAGCUCUUCGUCAUGGCCCGAGAACAUGCCCCCUCCAUCAUCUUCAUGGACGAGAUCGAUUCCAUCGGCUCCUCCCGCCUGGAGGGCGGCUCUGGUGGGGACAGCGAGGUGCAGCGCACCAUGUUGGAGCUGCUGAACCAGUUGGACGGUUUCGAGGCCACCAAGAACAUCAAGGUGAUCAUGGCCACUAACCGGAUCGACAUCUUGGAUUCUGCCCUGCUUCGCCCCGGCCGCAUUGACAGGAAGAUCGAGUUCCCUCCCCCCAAUGAAGAGGCCCGCCUGGACAUCUUGAAGAUCCACUCUCGCAAGAUGAACCUGACCCGGGGGAUCAAUUUGCGGAAGAUUGCUGAGCUGAUGCCAGGGGCUUCCGGUGCCGAGGUCAAGGGAGUGUGCACAGAAGCAGGAAUGUACGCCCUGAGGGAAAGGAGGGUACACGUGACACAAGAAGACUUCGAAAUGGCAGUCGCAAAGGUAAUGCAAAAGGACAGUGAGAAGAAUAUGUCCAUCAAGAAACUCUGGAAGUAAAAGUCCCGUCUGUGUGGCAUCUGCGCUUUCUUACACGCUGCGGGCACGUUACACUGUUAAUUCCCUGUUACUUUUUUCCCCGUUAAUAAAGUUAAGUGUUAACAGUC